AUGGCCCAGGGUCCGGGCCUCGCGCUGCUUUCGCCGUCGCUGCUGCCGCCGCUCCUACUACUGGCGGCGGUGAUCGAUCAAGCGGCCGCGCAGGACAAGUGCACGUGCCCCACCAGCAAGAUGACCGUGUGCAACCGGAGCGGCCCGGGGGGCCGCUUUCUGUGCCGCGUGCUCGGUUCGGGCCUGGAGGUCGACUGCUCCACGCUCACAUCCAAGUGCCUGCUGCUCAAGGCGCGCGUGAGCACCCGGAAGAGCGUCCGCGCCCUGGUACGGCCGAGCGAGCACGCGCUCCUGGACAACGACGGCCUGUACGCGCCGGACUGCGACCAGCAGGGCCGCUUCAAGGCGCGCUAGUGCAACCAGACGUCCGUGUGGUGGUGCGUGAACUCGGUGGGCAUGCGCCGCACCGACAAGGUCGACCUGAGCCUGCGCUGCGACGAGCUGGUGCGCACCCACCCCAUCCUCAUCGACCUGCGCCACCGCCCGGCCGCCCGCGCCUUCAACCCCUCGGACCUGGAGGCCGAGCUGCGGCGGCUUUUCCGGGAGCGCGACCCGCUGCACCCCAAGUUCGUGGCGGCCGUGCACUACGAGCACCCCACCAUCCAGAUCGAGCUGCAGCAGAACACGUCGCAGAAGGUCGCCGGCGACGUGGACAUCGCCGACGCCACCUACUGCUUCGAGAGGGACUUCAAGGGCGAGUCGCUGUUCACCGGCCACCGCGGCCUCGACGUGCGCGUGCGCGGAGAGCCCCUGCUUUUGGAGCGGACGCUCAUCUACCUCCUGGAUGAGAAGUCCCCCCAGUUCUCCAUGAAGCGCCUCACCAGCGGCCUCAUCGCCGUCAUCGUGGUGGUCGUGGUGGCCCUGGUCGCCGGCGUGACCGUCCUGGUGAUCACCAACUGGAGGAAGUCGGGGAAGUACAAGAAGGUGGAGAUGAAGGAACUGGGGGAGAUGAGAAAGGAACCGAGCUUGUAG